CAAAAUGGCGUCUUUCACAGGAUAGUACAUUUAUCCGCCGCACACGGGAUAGUAUUAGAAAAUAUAGUGGAUUGACUUUUUGUUUGUGCUGAAACUGUUUGUGAACGGAUACUCAGUGUUUUUGUGUUAAUUUAUUUACAACGUACAACCUGGAAUUACAUUUCUACGUUUCCAAGUUUCCGCAAGCGUGGUUGUCCUCCCUCCCGAUUUCAACGGAGUCCUAAGCCGAGGUCCGACCUCACAGGAAGCACCCUGGACGCCCGUCUCUCUUGAGCCCAGUGUGGCUCCCAACAUCCGGCUGAGUUCAACUCGCCCAUCCCGCCCGGUGACGAUGUAGAGGCCAGUAAGGCCAACAGUACUAGACAAUCCGAAAAAAAAGCAUGGUUGAGUGACCGAACAGAAACGGUGGUAGUUUCUAGUUUGACAAUCAUUAAAUACAGCAGAGGUUCGGCGUCAGGAUGAGUAAAGACGGUUGAGACGUCCGCGCGUCGGCUCACGGCGCGCACACCAACAACAUGUCUUUUUUUAAUAAUCUAAAAAAGGUGCUGCACCUGGGCGGCGGCAAUGACGCCAAGAAAAAGAAAGUGUUCAGCAACAUACGGGACAAUUGUGAUCCAGGCGAGAAUUGGGACAUGGUCGGCGAGCUUGGCGAUGGCGCUUUUGGAAAGGUAUACAAAGCGCAGCACAAGACGACGGGUCAGCUCGCCGCGGCAAAGAUGUGCGUCCUCGACAACGAGGACGAUCUCGCAGACUUCACGGUCGAGAUCGAGAUCCUCUCCGAAGUACGGCAUCCGAACGUGGUCGAACUGCACGAGGCGUACUUCAUCGACAACAAGCUGUGGAUGCUCCUCGAGUACUGCGACGGCGGGGCCCUGGACUCGGUGAUGUCGGAGCUCGAGAAGGGCCUGAACGAGGCGCAGAUCGCGUACGUGUGUCGCGAGAUGUGUCGCGGGCUGCAGUUCCUACACUCGCGCCGCGUCAUACAUCGGGACCUGAAGGCGGGCAACGUGCUGGCCACCAUGGUGGGGGGCGUCAAGCUCGCUGAUUUCGGCGUGUCGGCGAAGAACAAGUCGACGUUACAGAAGCACGACACGUUCAUCGGCACGCCGUACUGGAUGGCGCCCGAGGUGGUGCUCUGCGAGACCUUCCGCGACCACCCCUACGACUUUAAGGUGGACAUCUGGUCGCUAGGUAUUACGCUGAUAGAAUUCGCACAGAUGGAACCGCCCAAUCACGAGAUGACACCGAUGAGGGUCCUCUUGAAGAUACAGAAGAGUGACCCGCCGAGCCUGGACCAGCCGUCCCUCUGGAGUAAAGCAUUUAACGACUUCAUAGCGAAGGCUCUUGUGAAAGACCCAGAAAAGAGGCCGACGGCCACCGAUCUCCUGAAGCACGAGUUCGUCUCCGGCGACCUCGACUCGAAGUCGCUCCGUGACCUCUUACUCGAGUACCGCGCAGAGGUGGUCGAGGAGGAACUUUUGGACGACGAUUCGGAGGAGCACCGCAGCUCCCAGAUGCAUGUGGACAUGGAAGAUGACUCCACCUCGGUGAGGUCGGGCGACACACCGGACAUCAAGAUGUCGGAGACGGAGGGCCGCGCGCCGCCCUCCCCGCGCGCCGCGUCGCCCGCCGCCCCCGCGCCCCCCGCGCCCGCGCCCCCCGCGCCCGCCGCGCCCGCCAAGCGCGCGCUGCCCGACGACGCGCCGCCCGCUGACAGGCGACCGCCGGCACCAAAGAAAGAGAAAGGUCCCGCGCCCCCUCCCCCCGGCGCCACCUCGCCCCCCUCGCCGCCCUCACCGGGUCCCCCUUCCCCCGCCCCGCCCGCCGCGCGUGCCGUCCGCAAGCCGCCCGCGCCGCCGCCCCCCGCCGUCACUCCCACCACGCCCUCGACGCCCACCACCGUUCCCUCUACGCCCCCCACGCCCUCGGCCGUGGCCGGACGCAUCGUGGAGCAGGUAUGUCGCGAAGCAGAAAAGGCGGUCGAAGAAAAAUCAGAGACAACAGAAACAAAAGAAUUUAAUGAUAAGGACGCGAAACCAAAGCCCGAACAUAGAUUAGCUGCCCCCGACCCCGCAGACGACAGACAGGCGACCGUCAACGGAACGAAUGCACACGACAAACUAAACGAAGAACUCAACAGCAGUCCAAGCGUUAACAAGACGAAAAAAGUCAUAGAGAUCAAGAGAACGAGCCUCGAGAUAAACGAGACCACGACCGAAGUGAACAGGUCGAGCCUCGCUAUCAACAAAGUGGAGGUUGAACCGAGUCGGACGAGUGAUGUCACCAAAACAAGCCUCGACGUCAGGAGCGUCAACAAAACAGACAUUAACAACACCAGUGCCAAAACGAGCCCGGAGAAGAACAAGGCAAAGGUCGAAGUUAGAAAGAGCGCAGACGACGUCAGAAUCAACGAUGACGUCAAAGUCAAAGAAACGAACAGAAGGAGUGCCGAUAUCAGCAAGUUGAACGCGGAAAUUAGUAAAUCAAGCGUCGAGAUAAAUAAGAACAAAGAUGUCAAACCGGAAAUCCGCUCGAUAGCGGAGAUUAUCAGAAACGAUAAAAAGGAACGCUCCAGAUCGAGCUCCACCGAGGAGAUAGGCGAUACGAAGCGAGUCAGCGCCGAAGUCAGCCGCAUCGAGUCGAGGUCGCGCUCCGUGGACGACAAGGACAGGUGCAGCGUUGAAGUUAAACGCGUGAGUAAAGACUACUCGAGGUCGAGCUCGAUCGAGGAGAAGGAGGUGGAGAAGACGAGAAAGGUCGAGAUCAGACCGGUCACGCCGGCGGCGGUGACAGUGGUAGCGGUGAGCGCGGAGCCCAACUCGCUGGCGGCGGCGCCCGUGGGACUGGUGACCGUCACCACCACGCACCCGCCAGUUCUUAACACAGCCGCACCGCUGCCCCACAACGCGGUGACCAUAUCGACGACGCCGCCCAUGGACGAGGUGGUCGUGGUCCGCGCCGGCUCCUCCUCCGACGACGACGCCUUCGCCCCCUCCUCGCUCGACUCUCUCGACUGCACCACCUGCUACAACGGUAAUGAAAAGAGUCGCGGCAGGCGACUGGAUAGUAGUGAAGUGCUGAUACUGAGCCCCGGAGCCGGCGACUCGGGAGUAUUCGAUGACAGUCAACAAAAUCAUCUCAAUCUCGACACGUCGCACGUGUCGGUGGUGACGGUGGGCGAGGAGGUGCGCGUGCGCGACUCCGCCAGCGCCGCGCCGCGCCUCAGCCCCGACAGCUUCGAGAGCGGUCGAUCGCAGUCGGACAGCGGCUCGGUCGCCUCGGAACGGUCGCGGCGCGGCGACGCGGACUCGCUGGCCACCACCGCGACCACGGCCACCACCACGAGCGCUACCAGCGCUUCGCCCGACUCACACCACCUGCUCAACGGCGCCGCUAGAGUGAAUUCGGAUAAUCAAGAUACGGAAGAGGUGGUGUUGAGGCGAAAACCACAAGACGGACAACCGAACAGGAUACAAAGGUCCAAAGAAGACAUUCACAUGGCUAAUCUUAAGAAAAAGACGCGGAAACGGACGAGAAAGUUCGAGAUCGAUGGCGUCAUUGUCACCACCACAACUUCCAAGGUUAUUUGGGGCGACGAAGAAAGCGGUCGCACGUGGGACGACCACGCGCUGCGCAAGCAGGAGCUACGCGAAAUCAAGAUGCUACAGAAACAGGAGCAGAAGCAGUUCCAGGACCUCAACGCGAAGGAGCACCAACUCAGGGAUCAGCAGGACAAAAGGUUCGAGGCGGAGUUGGCGUCUUUGUCACGCGCGCACGAAGCGGACUUGGACACGCUGGCGCGUGCGCAGCGAGCGGCCGCAGAGAGAGCAGAGCAGCAGCUCGAGACUGAGCUGCGGCAGCACGCCAAACGAUUGCGUGCAGAACACGAACGUGACCUGCGACACUUCCGCGAUACACUCAAGCAGGAACUGCGUCUGCUCAAGCAGGAGGUGGAGCUGGUGGCCAAGGAGCGGCGCAAGGAGGCGUACCGCUCGCGCCGCACGCGGCUGGACGCCGAGCACGCGUCGCGCGAGCGCGCCUUCGUGGCCGCGCUGGCCGACGCGGGCGACGCCGUGCUGCGCCGCGUGCACGACAAGCACCGCGAGCGCCAGGCGCUGGCCGACCGCCAGUACCUGCAGCAGCGCCACCAGAUCAUGCGCACGCGCGAGGCCGCGCUCUGGGAGCUCGAGGAGAAGCAGAUCCACGAGCGGCACCAGCUCGCCAAGAGGCAGCUCAAGGACGAGUUCCUUCUCCGUCGGCACCAGAUGCUCGUGAGGCACGACAAGGAGCUGGAGCAGAUUAAACGGAAGAACAGCCGCAAGGAGGAGGAGCUGGCGAAGUGCCAGGCGCUGGAGAAGCGUUCGCUCCCGAAGCGCAUCCGGGCGGAGCAGAAGGCGCGCGAGAUGAUGUUCCGCGAGUCGCUGCGCAUCGGGGCCGCGCCCUCCGCGCACGAGGACGACCGCGAGCGACUCAAGAAGUUCCAAGAGAACGAAAAACGUCGCUACCGAGCUGAGCAACAACGUCUGGCCACCAAACACGCCAAGGCGCGAGAGGAGCUCAAGGCGGCCGGCGAGGCUCUACUCCGCGAAUUGGAACAAUAUCAGAACGAAAAGCGCAAGGCGUUGAUGAAUCACGAGAGUGGCAAGGUGAAGGCCAUCGAGGAGAGAUACGCGCAGGAGCUGAAGGAGUGGCGCGCCACCCUCGCCGACAGGAAGGCGAAACUGAUUCAGAGCUUCGAGAAACAUUUGGACGAUCACGAAAAGAAAUACGGCUUUACGAUACCGGAUAAGAGCGUCUAUCUGGACGUACCGUGGCCGAAGAACGUAUUGCAACACGUCCUAACGGCGUACCACCAGCGUAACUCGUUCAUGGGAUCGCUAUCUAGAUCCAGAACCAGUCUGAACCUGGCCAUAUCGAAUGCGACCACGCCAAAUAUGGACAGGCGAAGAAGCAUCAGCCCGAGUAAUAACUUCAGAUUGACAAAAUCAGCUGCAUCUAGCGCUACCAACACGACGAAGAGGGGUAAACUGACUAAAGCCCAAAGAUACGGGUCCACGUCGAAUCUGAAGCUGGUAUCGGAGAAGAUAUCCGGUUUUUCCGUAUUCAGCGGCCCGGACAUCAAACGAGAUCCGAUUAUGGCGUACGAUGAGGUCCCGGUAGAGAGGAGGGUGCAGAAAAUAGACGAGGAACCGAAGAAAACUUUCGAAAGAUCGAAACCGGUCGAGCGUGUGCCGAUAACGGUGAGGAGUAACAAGAAAAUGAACAGGCAGAGCUUGAGCGAGAACUUGUUUAAACAAGUCAACGAUACGAGCACAAUAAAGCGAAGCAUCUCCCAGCAGAGUCUCAAACAGGACAUCGCUUUGGAAGCGGUCAUGAUAGACAUGCCGUCCAUUGAUGAUGAUAAAUACAACACGUACAAAAGUAUAACGAGUAACAGUUCGCAGAACAGCGAGGACGCCUAUUUAAGUCGGUGGGGUGCUGUCAGGGGCUCGAACAGUUACUCGAAUUCUUCCAACGUACCCGUUAGUCAGCUGUCAACGUUGAACUUGAAGGCAGUGACCACUGAGAAAACGAAAGACCCUCCGGAUUCCGUCGCGUAGUAAUAUAAUAAUGGCGAUAGGUUUCGUACUUUAAUCAUUUGAAAUAUUCGACAAAAUGUAAGAGUAUGGAAUGGUAAGUAUAAGGCACAGCAGUUCAAAAGAUUUCUCAACGAAUUCGUAGGAUUAACGGAUGUAAGGCGAGCGGACACUGUCUAGUCUAAUAAUUGGUGUAAGGUCCAAAUGGAAACUUGUAUAACAAGCUUGAAACGUAUUUUUUUUAAAGCUUUUGUAUGUUUAGGAAUUCUUGAAAGAGACGAUAGAUUUAUGAUUUUAAAUACAGUAGAAUUCGGAUAGAGCAGUCGUAAUAACUGAACGACGAAUUAAAUUGGUUUGCCUUAAUCUUCAUGUAUGUUUAAUAAUCGAAUUGUUUCAAAAAAUACAUUUCAAUUACAGAAAGCUUUAAAACAUGAAUUCAAAAUUUCUUUUGAUUUUCAAACAUAUUUUCGUUGUCUGGACCUCAUUAUUAAUUGUUUUUUGGUUUAUUUUUAGCGACAUGCUAUGGUACACAUAUUAUAGUUUUGAAAUAAACUUCUACUAAAAAAAAAUGUUACCAAGUUUUUCCGCCCUUGGCCCGGCACUACUCGACCUAUAGGGAAAUUCGCUCCUACAACCACUUCACUGACAUUCAAAAUGUCAUAUUUUCAUGGACUCAUAGUGAAUACCAUAGUCUAUUCAAGAUGACGUCAUGUCAUGCCAAUGUCGUUUAUGGCGGUUGACUUUUACAAAUGUACUGAACCGAAUUCUACUGUAUAACAAAAAUCUAUUACUCAUAAUUAUACUCAUAGAAACGGGGAGGGGGGGGGUGUCGUUAUGUAAAAUUUUAUAUUAUAAAUAUUGAAAUUGUAACUCCUCAGUACCAAUGGCUAACGUUCAUGCUUCCAUUAGUGACCAGUUUUUAUAAAUCUUUACUUUUUUUUUUCAAUUUUAACAAACGUAUCCUUGCCAUUAUUUUUAUAACUAAAAUGCCAAUGUUAUCUUCCUAUUUUUAUCAACAAUUGUUGCUUUAUUUAGCUAAGUUGUUGAAAUAGAAAAAAGUAUAUACAAAUUGACUCGAAAUUAUUUGCUCAUAAAAACAUUUCAUACAUUAAAAAAUAAUCCAUCCAAAUUACGUUUAUAUGAGUAAUAAAAAGCAUUAUUUUAAAUUAAAUUAGAUUCUAUUAAGUAAUAAAUUAUCAUACCUUAAUAUAUGUUGGACAUAUAUAAGCCUUGUUUUGAAUAAUCGCUUAUAUAUAGCAACUAUGUUAAUUGUCAUAAUGAGUCGAUUGAUCCUCAGCGUUGACAUAUAAAUGAGCUUAAAACAUUAUCAAUUAUCAUUAAAAAUAUAUAUGUCGGCUAUGAACUGAUAUUGAUAUGAUAUUUUUUUAUCAUUUCUUUGGCGAACCGUGCCUUUCCCUUCCAUCCAUUCGUCUUUUUAGCUAUAAUUGUCAAAAUAUACAUACCAUUUUUUUUUUAAAUUAAUUUUAAACUUUUUAUGGGAUGUAUUUUCUCAUCCAAUACAAAAUAUUGUUGACCAUAUAAUGUGAAACUUCCAUUAGUUCUUUUUUUAUACCUGUGUUGUAAACUCUGAAGGUUCACUACCAUCGAAGCUACUUGUCUUAUAUAUAAAACGAAACACGGUUUUUUUCUUAGGAUAUAAGUUACAUAAAUUUUUUACCGUUUUUAAUAGACUGUAUUUAGUAUCGAAAGCGAUAAAGGGUCGGAGAUAUUUCCUAGUCAUUGGCGUAGUCGGGAUCUUAUUACACACAUAUAUAUAUAGUUUAUUGUACACAACAAACGUAAAAUAUAUAAAUAUAUAUAGCAUAUGCUUAACAGACAAAAAAAAAGAAAUAAAAAUAAAUGUGUUGUACAAUGGACGGAUUUAUGACUAAUCAGGCAACCCAUAUCUUCCAGCUAAACCAAAUCUUAUUGGAUCUUGGAAUGUCUCGCUUCUUUCUCCAAUCCGCAAUCAGUUGGCUUGAAAGUUCACUAUAAAAAUUAUUUGAUGUCAUUUACACGAUGUAUUAUAUAGCUUUUUUUUCUGGGUCUUUAAUAAUGGCGUCGGAUUUCUUAAAAAGAAUCCAUGCCCAUUCCUGGCUACGCCCAGUGCUAGGUUUUUUUUUUCUUUUAAAUCUUAGAUUUAGAAUUCGAUGUGCCUAAAACGUGUUAACUAUAUAUGUUAGCAUAGAAAUUGUUUCUGUUGAAUUUAAUUGUUGAGAAUAUUUUGAAAGUUUAUAUAUGUAUAAUAAAGAAGUGUUAGAAUAAUUAAUU